UUAAAACAUUUCUUUAAAGGCCUAGAAUAAACUGAUUAAUGCAUUUUCUUGUAACUUUUGUUGCUCCAAGUAGCCUACUGUAUUUCCAUAUUCGUUAUUUGUUGUAUUUGUAACAAGGAAGAUGUACAGUAGGUACCUUAACCCAGGACACAUCAAAAACUAAAACUAAUGUACCUUGACUACUUCUUUGAAUUCAUGAUGCAGGAGAUGAGGUUCACAAGAUGCAUCACGAUGAUGCAGUUUGAAAUACUACUGAACGUCAUCUUUGCUGCAGGUGUUGAAACAGACUGUCCUACAGCCCUUAAUGCAUCCAUGCCAACCCAUAUGGAGGGAUUGAGUGACACUUGUUUGCAAAUUCCAUGUUCAUUUGAUGCAGUACCACCCAAUCUACUCCAUAAAAACAAACCCUUUAUUGGGUUUUGGCUAAAAUCGACCCACAAUUUUGGGCCUUAUCCAGAAAGUGUGGUUUUCAACGGCAGCAAAACCCAAAAUAUCUAUCCAAUAAGUAUCAUUGGGAACAUGAGUGAAUACAACUGCACAACUGUUUUUGAAAGGCUGAACUCAAGUUAUGCUGACACAUAUUACUUUAGAGUCGAAAACAGCCCUUUCAAGUCAACUGACACCUGCUAUCCUCUUACAAUCAUAGUUAAAGGUAAGAGAACCCUUUUUGGUUUGGGGGUCAAUUUUUUGAUUAGUCAUUAUUAUAAUUAUUUUUAUUCCUAUUUCAAUAUUAUUACAGGGUUCCUACACAUUUUCCAUUUCAAAAUUCCAAACUUCUCCACAAAUUCAGCCCCAGCACCCUCCAUACAGACCCUCCUGGAGGGACCACUAACGGAGAGGAGCAGGGUAACGUUCACCUGCAGGGCCAUCGCACCCUGUCCCACCCAGCCGCCUCACCUGAGCUGGAACCAGUCAGGAGGCCCUGAGGGCCGGCUGGAGCCGCACGGAGACCAAGAGCCUAACGUCAGGACCCGGCGGCUGAAUAUCACUCUGUCGGACCGACAUGACGGGGUCCGCCUCACCUGUCUGGUGGAGUAUCCGGUGAACGACCCAGCAGGCGGGCCCAGCAACAGAACAGCAGAGAGCGUCGUGACGCUCAACGUUUCCUAUUCCCCGAAGGAUACCCAGGCCUCAGUCAGCCCCCCCACGGUGUCGCUGGGCAGUGUGGUCAACCUGACGUGCACCAGCAGAGCCAACCCCCCCGUUCUCCGGUUCACCUGGUUCAGGAGCAGUGCGGAGGGACCCCUGAACGUGUCAGAUGGAUCUUUGUACAGCUUCAAUGUGUCCAGCUACAGAGGAAUCUACUACUGUGUGGCCACGAAUCCCUUUGGAAACCAAACAUCAAAAGAGAUUAAGCUAACUAUCAGCGGUGAAAGCGUUGGAUUGAAUGUCCCUCUGAUAGUGAGAUUCUUAAUCGGUAUCGUCUUCUUUAUUGGUCUGAUCAUCUCUGUCCUGUGGAAGUAUCUUUGGUAUUUAAGUAGACCUAGAUCUAACAGUGCAUCAGUGCGACACUGUUCUCCUUUUACAACAAACUGCCCGUUGGCUGUGAAAAAGCGCCUACUGCUCGCGGAGAUGAGGUUCACAAGAUGCAUCACGAUGAUGCAGUUUGAAAUACUACUGAACGUCAUCUUUGCUGCAGGUGUUGAAACAGACUGUCCUGCAGCCCUUAAUGCAUCCAUGCCAACCCAGAUGGAGGGAUUGAGUGACACUUGUUUGCAAAUUCCAUGUUCAUUUGAUGCAGUACCACCCAAUCUACUCCAUAAAAACAAACCCUUUAUUGGGUUUUGGCUAAAAUCAACCCACAAUUUUGAGCCUAAUCCAGAAAGUGUGGUUUUCAACGGUAGCAAAUCCCCAAAUAUUUAUCCAAUAAGUAUCAUUGGGAACUUGAGUGAAUACAACUGCACAACCGUUUUUGCAAGGCUGAACUCAAGUUAUGCUGACAAAUAUUACUUUAGAGUCGAAAACAGCCCUUACAAGGCAACCGACUCCUGCAAUCCUCUUACAAUCAUAGUUAAAGAUUCAGCCCCAGCACCCUCCAUACAGACCCUCCAGGAGGGACCACUAACGGAUAGGAGCAGGGUAACGUUCACCUGCAGGGCCAUCGCACCCUGUCCCACCCAGCCGCCUCACCUGAGCUGGAACCAGUCAGGAGGCCCUGAGGGCCGGCUGGAACCGCACGGAGACCAAGAGCCUAACGUCAGGACCCGGCGGCUGAAUAUCACUCUGUCGGACCGACAUGACGGGGUCCGCCUCACCUGUCUGGUGGAGUAUCCGGUGAACGACCCAGCAGGCGGGCCCAGCAACAGAACAGCAGAGAGCGUCGUGACGCUCAACGUUUCCUAUUCCCCGAAGGAUACCCAGGCCUCCGUCAGCCCCCCCACGGUGUCGCUGGGCAGUGUGGUCAACCUGACGUGCACCAGCAGAGCCAACCCCCCCGUUCUCCGGUUCACCUGGUUCAGGAGCAGUGCGGAGGGACCCCUGAACGUGUCAGAUGGAUCUUUGUACAGCUUCAAUGUGUCCAGCUACAGAGGAAUCUACUACUGCGUGGCCACGAAUCCCUUGGGAAACCAAACAUCAAAAGAGAUUAAGCUAACUAUCAGCGGUGAAAGCCUCGAUAAACCAACUUCUACGGAUUUGAAAGUUCUUCUGAUAAUUGGUGGAUUCUUUGGUACCGUCUCCUUUAUUGGUCUGAUCAUCUGUGUCCUGUGGUUACUGAAGAAACCUUCAAAACAUCAACAGAAUCCAACAUGCGAGGCGUCAGACAAGCAGGUGGAAGAGGAGAUCCACUACGGAGAGAUCAACUUUACCAAGCGAGGUGCUGUGCAGAACCCAGGCCUGGUGUUCCCCCAGGGGGAGGAGCAGACCUCAGAGUACGUUGAGAUCACUGCUCAACAGGCUAAGAACUCACAGAUCAGGGCUGAACUGGAGAGGAGCUGAAUAGUUUGGACUGGGAUCUCUUUAUCAUCCACUUAUGUCAGUGUAAACAUAUCCUGCUUCAGCAUCUAUGGCUGCGGCAGCAAAACGUUUCUAAAACAUGGCACCCCUUGUGCUUUUUUGUCUCCAAGGCACCCAAUAAACAAAAUAAAUUUUGUACGACUCCCUGCAGGGUUAGGUGCUGUUUAUCAAAUCAACAGCACAACAAAAGUUAGGGAGGACUACUUUGAUCAAAUACUGCAAAGAAACAGUAGGCUGCAUUUCAUUAAAUUUUAAGGGACACCUCAGGAUAAAAUACUGCGACAGGAGUACACAUGCAAUGCUUUGUAUAAAGCUGGUAUAUCUUAAUGGUAAUGUUUGUUCAUCUUUUAUAUUUAAAAAUCUAAAUCAGGAGUCAGCAGAAUUACAUGAAAAGUCGACUGUAUUUUUAUGUUCUACCAUGCAUACAUUAAUGUUUUAUUGGAAGGGACAAUUACAGGGCACGCGUUACACAAAACAUUUCCCAAAGCACUCACGUUUCAACGUGUCACUUGAUACAGGGAAGUUCAUAUAUUAACAAUGGAAGAUAUCCAUUACUUAAACAUUAAAAGCUGAAACAGUUCAGUACUGUUCGCCAACAUAGUGCGUUGACGGUACUCUCUGUAAAUCAGACAGUGAACACACAGUUUGACUUCAUGAGUAUACUGAGAGGGGUAAGCUGCUUUAGAAAUAGUUUCAUACGUUUUUUUACACACAUUAAAUCCUUCUUCACGUUGUUUUAAUGUGAGCCUAGCUACUCUGAAAUUCUGAAUCAGUCAACGCGGAAGCUAUGAAUAUAACUUGUAUGUGUGUUUGAUUGCAAAUUGUAAUCGGUUUUAAUUGUUUUGAAAAGCAAGUUUUCACAGCACCAUGUUUGGGAUACACUGGCUUAUUGUACAACAGCAUUUAAAAUAAAUUGUAAUACUUAACCCUUCAA